AGCUAGCGUCCAAUCCCUACUCAUUUGCUACUACAUCUCCCUCUUCUCUCCCCCGUGCCUCUCCAUUCUCCCUCCCCAUCUCAAAUCUUCCUACAAUCCCCAUUGCAUCCUCAACUUCAGGAGCAAUCACUGGCAGAGAAGAUGGCACACCAAAGCGGAGUAAAAAACCCCCUCGAAGAGAUAUCACCGGUCUUCCCCCAUUCUGUUCCCGCAGAUAUCUCAUCCGUGAACGGAACACUGUACACAACCGCCCAGACACUUGUCCAGCAAGUAGCAUAUACCCUCUCGGAUAAGUUGUUCACAUACUCCCCCGACACCUUCUCGCUGGACGAAGCGGCGAGACUCUGGAGUGGCAAUGAGCAGACAAAUGUGCGUGGGGUGGUCCCCACUGUUAAUGCCAUGGAAACAAGACUGGGCGCUGCGAAUGUUCUCCUCGGAUACGUGUUCUCCCCCGACGUGGAUCCGAAGAAGAAGGCUGUUGCGAAGUCAAUAAUUGCGUCCUCUCCGGCGCUUAUUCACAUGCGCUCGGCAUUGGACCAAUUGAGCGUUUUGUACGGCGUUUCUUCGCCGUUCGUCGCUCACGUUUCCGCCGUCGAUUAUGAAGUGUCUUCCGCGAAAUUGGUCACAGACUAUGCCUCUGCCGUUACCGUUGCGCAGGAGACCGGAAUUGGCCUUUUGGCUUCGUUCUCCGCGCAUGAGGCACAGCACAUGGCGCUCUUCGCUACCCUUGCUGCUACUGUCCUCCCGAUGGUGCAUAUAUACGAUGGCGUCAGCGUGUCCCGGGAGUCCGCGAAGAUCAAGGAUGUUCUUGACCGGACCAGCUUGCAGAACGUCUUCUCUUCCAUCCUAGGGGAGCAGAAGGAGGCGCCGAAGAAGGCUGACCAGGGUACAAAGGUCAAUGCCAUCUUGAGAGGUCUCAACGCGGAGCUUGGGACCGCUUAUUCUUUGUUCGAGUAUGAGGGUCACGAUGAACCUGAUGCUGUGUUGGUCACUUUUGGAUCUGUCGAGAGCUUGUUAGCGACUCAAGUCGCCGCUUCGCUCACCAAUUCUGGAGAGAGGAUCGGCGUUAUUGCCAUUCGUGUUUACAGACCAUUCUCGGAACCGCACUUCCUCGAGGCACUCCCCAGGUCUGUCAAGAGAAUCGCUGUUCUUGGGCAGGUAGCAAAUAAGGCUGCGGCAGAGGAUAGCGCUGUUCAAUCAGCUCUUUACGUCGAUGUCGUGGCAGCGAUCACAAUGUCUGAUAUCUGGACCCUCCCACCGCCGAUUGUCGAUAUUCCUGAAGAGGAGCUCACCGCCCAAGCAUCUACUAUGGACGCCUUCAUUCUUUUGGGAGAUGGCAGCCAUGCCCAACAGUACGUUUUCUGGGACGGUGACGAUGCUGCUUCAGCACCCGCGGCAUCAAUCAUUUCCAGACUUCUCUCGGAGGAUCCCCGUAAGAGCGUUUCUUUCCAGGCUGCGUACGAUAACGUCCCGCUGUCUGGUAUUCUUCACUCCGAGAUCAGGGCCAGCUCCAGCGCCAUCGAUGCACCUUUCCACAUUGAGUGCGCGGACAUUUCCGUGGUCAACGAUAUCCAGCUUCUUUCCAAGUUCGAUAUUGCCAGCCGGACCAAGGAUAGCGGGAUCAUCCUUCUCAAGUCGACUAUCAAGGACGACGAGUUCGAGAAGAAGCUCCCAGCACUUUUCCGACGUGCAGUUACCAAGAAGGCCAUCAACCUAAUCAUCGCGGACCCCUCAGCCCUCGGAGACGAGGCCCCUGCAGCAGUGGAGAAUGCCCUCAUCCAGCUAGCCUUCGCCAAACUCGCCAACAUCAGUGCACCCCUUGAGAAACUCUCAUACCUCAACAUCGAUUCCUCCACCGUCCACCAAGCCUACGAAAGGCUCGACAGUUCAUUGCGCAAUGUGGAGAUUCCAAAGGAAUGGGCUGAUUCUCUAGAAGAUAACGAGCCCAGCCACCUCCCCACAAUCCCACAGACAACCAGCUUCGCCAUUAACGAGGAGAAGCACACCACAGAGCCCGCCCCGGCCCUCAAGACUUCACAAUCGGCGGCGCAGGCCAUCGUCUUCAAAGAGGCCUACGACGUGCAAUCCGCCCUGCGCCCGGACCUCUCAAUGAAGAACUACAUCGUCAAAGUGCAGGAGAAUAGACGCCUGACGCCAGAGUACUACGGCCGCAAUAUCUUCCACAUCGAGUUCGACCUAAGCGGUACGGGAAUGGAAUACCAAAUCGGCGAAGCCCUAGGCAUCCACUCCCAAAACGACCCGGACGAAGUCUCCGAGUUCAUAGAGUUCUACGGCCUGAACGCGGACGACAUCGUCGAAGUCCCGUCCAAAGACGACCCGGACGUGCUCGAGAUGCGCACCGUGUUCCAAGCGCUGUCGCAGAACGUGGACAUAUUUGGCCGGCCGCCGAAGAAAUUUUAUGAGUCGCUGGCGGAGUUUGCUACGGAUGAGGGGGAGAGGAAGGCUUUGCUUACGUUGUCGUCGGCGGAGGGAGCUACGGAGUCUAAAAGGAGGGCAGAGAUGGAUACGGUCACUUUUGCGGAUAUCUUGGCGGAGUACAAGUCGGCUCAUCCGAGCUUUUAUGAGCUUGUCAGGAUUGUCAGCCCGUUGAAGAGGAGGGAGUACUCUAUCGCCUCCAGCCAGAAGGUCAAUCCAAAUAGUGUGCAUCUCCUGAUAGUUGUGGUGAAUUGGGUGGAUACGAAGGGAAGGGAUAGGUUCGGACAGGCGACGAGGUAUCUCAGUCGUCUGCCAAUUGGAGCGAAGGUGACCGUUAGUGUCAAACCCAGUGUCAUGAAACUUCCUCCCUUGGCCACGCAGCCCCUCAUAAUGGCAGGCCUCGGAACCGGUCUCGCCCCCUUCCGAGCCUUCGUCCAGUACCGCGCGUGGCAAAAGUCGCAAGGCGUGGACAUUGGCUCCGUCCUGCUGUACAUGGGCUCCCGCCACCAGCGAGAAGAAUACCUCUACGGAGAGGAAUGGGAAGCCUACCAAGCCGCUGGCAUAGUGACCCUCCUUGGACGCGCAUUCUCCCGCGACCAGUCCGAGAAGAUAUACAUCCAGGACCGGAUGCGCCAAUCGCUCGACGACAUCAUCGAGGCGUACAUCAAGGAGGACGGGGCCUUCUACCUGUGCGGCCCCACGUGGCCGGUUCCGGACGUCACGGAGGUGCUGCAGGAGGCUAUCGUCGAGGAGGGCAAGAGGCGGGGCGCCAAAGUAGAUGGGGCGAAGAAGAUUGAGGAGUUGAAGGAGGGUCUGAGAUAUGUGCUUGAAGUUUAUUGAGGUGGGGGCUUGUGCUAUUGCGGGUGUGGUUGGGUUUGCGGUGAUAUUUGGUGAAGGGGUGUAUUUCCUAUUUCUGUUUUUCGGGUUCUGGAUGCUUGGGUAUCCGAUGCUGUGCUGUGUAUAGAAAAAUAGAAUUGUCUCUUUCUCUCCUGAA